UGUCUUCCCAAGCAGCUAAAAGCUCUUCCUUUUUGGCCUUCCAUCGCUUUCUUCACGUCUUCAUCUUGUUCUUCCCAUCGCGAUUUCGUCGGAUUUUGAGAUCCUCAGUCGCCAUGGCUUCCGCCGCAAUGCUGCCAGAGAAGCGCUUCGGAAGGUCUUCAACGUUCCAGUUUAGGACUUAGCCUCGUGAAGGAGAAAGGGGAAGCGGAGAAGCGCCUCGAAAGUUAGUAAGAUUUAUUUGAUCUUUUCUGAAUCAUCGUUUUGGGAGAGGUAAAGAGAUGGAUUUCCAUUCCCUUUUCUGCUGCGGCACAUUUGCUGAUAGGAGACGGGGGAAGAAGAACUCCACAGGUUGGAGAGUGUUCUCUCUGAAAGAGUUGCAGUCUGCCACCAAUAACUUUAACUACGAUAACAAGAUUGGGGAAGGGGGUUUUGGCAGUGUGUACUGGGGGCAGCUCUGGGAUGGAUCUCAGAUUGCUGUCAAAAGACUAAAAGUCUGGAGCAACAAGGCUGAUCUUGAAUUUGGUGUUGAGGUUGAGGUUCUGGGCAAACUGAGGCAUAAGAACCUCCUAAGCUUGCGAGGAUACUGUGCCGAAGGACAAGAGCGCCUCAUAGUCUAUGACUAUCUUCCGAAUCUGAGUCUAGUCUCGCAUCUGCAUGGUCAAAACUCAGCCGAGAGCCCUCUCGACUGGAGCAAGCGAAUGUGCAUUGCCAUCGGAGCAGCUGAGGGAAUUGUCUACCUUCACCACUAUGCGACACCCCAUGUCAUCCAUCGGGACAUUAAAGCAAGCAAUGUUCUGCUAGAUUCAGACUUCCAGGCACAAGUCGCUGAUUUCGGAUUCGCCAAGUUUGUUCCUGACGGUGCAAGUCAUGUCACAACCAAGGUGAAAGGCACCCUAGGCUACCUUGCACCCGAGUACGCCAUGUAUGGAAAGGCCUCAGAGAGUUGCGAUGUAUAUAGUUUUGGAAUACUCCUGCUAGAGCUUGUCAGCAGCAAGAAGCCCAUAGAGAAACUGAGCACAACAUUGAAGCUACGGAUCACUGAGUGGGCACUACCUUUGGCUAGGGAAAGAAAUUUUAAGGAGAUUGCAGAUCCAAAGCUCCAAGCAAAGUAUGACGAAGAAGAACUCAAGCGAAUGGUACUCGUCGCCCUCACCUGCACACAGAGCAUGCCAGAGAAGAGACCAACAAUGAUUGAAGUAGUCAAUCUUCUUAAGGGGUUCUCAAAGGAGAAGCUCUCUAGUUUAGAGGACGAUAUGUUUGGACCUCAAACAACUGGAAAUUCUCAAGUGGCAUCAGAUCCUGACAAUAACUGUAGUUCCAUGUCUGAAGAAAAGGGUUCUAGAGUAAACGAAAAUGAGAUCGGUGCAUAGGUACCCAAGCUCAUCACCUUGUUUUUUAGCAGUUAAUUGCCGAAUUUGUGUGAUUCAACUACAUUAUAUUUGCUUCUUAUUCCUUGUCUCUGGGUGUGAUUAAGACACUUUAUCAUCACUUUUAAGAAGAGUCCCAGUUUGCAGA